AUGGAUGGAACUGUGGGGCAAAUUAACGUUGGCUCUAGAAAACGUUCGAGGCGAGAUAUUUUAAAAGAAGAGAAGAAAAGGACUAAAAGGUCAGACGAGGAGUAUCAAAUACAAUGCGGCAUGUGUUCCGCAUUAUUUCCUGACAAGCGCGCCUUUGUGGAGCACUCCACGCAGCUAAUAGACAACAUGUAUCAAUGUUGUAAAUGUCUCAAAAAAUUUAAAGAAGUUGGUCCCUUAUACCAACACUUCGAUACCCAUACGCCCGUCGAUGAUCAACAAGAAACUAUUUCUCUUAAUUACGAAGACAGUGAAGAAGUUGUUGUAGAAGCAGCUGGAAAUGGUACAAAUGAGUUAAUGUAUGUUCUUGAUGGUAAUGAUGAUAUUGAUUGCGAGACUGAAGUGGUUGUAGCAGGAGAUCAACCUACGGUAGGUUCGGUUGUCGGAAAGUCCAUUAGAGAAACCUUGAAAAUUGUAAAUCUAGAACACGGUUAUGUAGUAAAUAGUGUUCAUAUUUUCCAACACAAGUUCAAUCUCGUCUUACCUAGCGAGGAUCGAUACAAAUGCUCUGUUUGUUCCGCUGCCUUUCCAGAUGUGAUAAAAUUGACAUCCCACACGUUGCUAGGCCACAAAACAAAUCCUGUUACUGCAGACAAACAUAAUUUGAACAACAACGAGGAUACUGAAGAAGACAUCUCUUGCGAGCUUUGUUUUGACAUAUUUGACUCAAAAACGGAAUUAGAAAAGCAUAUGGAGUUCCAUAACGAGCUUGCCAAUGCUAGUAAUGUUACCACUGAAAAUACAAUUAUUCGUUUAUCUUUCAGUGACGAUGAAGAAAUCUAG